AGCGUCACGUGACCCGACCGCGAGCCUCGUGACCCCUGACAGCCUUCUCUGGGGAGAGGGGAGACCAGGAAGGGCGGGGGGCCCUUCCACUUCCGCUUCCGGUGUGCCUCAAUGGUGAGCGCGGAGGGAGGAUGGAGAGCAAGCGGCCGCUCUUGGCGGAGGAGGACCGGGACCGGCCGCCGGCCUACAGCCCCGGAGCAGGAGGAGGAGGCGGAGGAGCGGGACCCCACGGCAACUACGGGGCCAUCCCCCACGCCCCGCCCCCCUACGCGCCAGGCUACGUGGUUCCUCCCAUCCCUCCACCGCACAGCUUCCCCAACACGACAUACACCAUCAUCCAGCAGCCCCUCCCCACCACUUCGGUUGUCGUUGUAGGCGGGUGCCCGGCUUGCAGGGUGGGCGUGCUGGAGGACACCUUCACCUGCCUGGGCGUCCUGUGCGCCAUUGCGUUCUUCCCCGUCGGGAUCCUCUUCUGCCUGGCGCUGCGGCAGCGGCGGUGCCCCAACUGCGGGGCCACCUUUGGAUAAAGGGACCCAUCCACGGGAACCCGGUCGGGGAUUGACAGGAAGGAAGCCGCCGGCCGGCUGCGGUCGAGCGCAGGCCCUUCUUUUCUAAUGUAAAUGUCACGUACAAUCAAUCAUGUUUCUGCUCCGGAGCCAGUUUUGUACCAGUUCCAUGCCGUUAGCCUCUCGCUCCCUCCCUUGCGCGGGGGGAUCCCGCCCGCCCGCCGGCCUCGUUCUUGCGAGGCAGGCACCCGUCUUUGCAUUGUGUCUCAGAUUCACCUUUUUGGAAAAUUUAAAUAAAAAGUGCUUUUUUGCAACUUCA